UUAUAGCAAUUAAAACAGAUUAAGAUGGGCUACUUGGAUUGGGUUUUUGGACCCAAAACCCCAUAUCAUCAUGCGCGCCACUCUCAAGCGGUCCAUUCAAAAAAUUGGAUAAGUGUUGGAGCACCCCCUCCCCCAACCAAUGGUGUUGUCAAGGGAUCAUCAAUACAUAACCCCCAUAUAGUGUGGUCAAUGGGGGUAUCACACACCCCCUAGUGCCACACUAGAGGGUGAUGUGGGGUAAAAUUUGACUAAGUCUGAGAAAUGGUGGCAAGGUGUGUGAUGGAGUAUACCCCUUGGGAUGUGAGAUCUUACCAAAAUUUGGCUAAGUAUGCCACUCUCGUAGGUUUCUACCAUCUCGACAAAUAUGGUGUUCUACUCAAGCUAAGGAGAAGCUAUCAAGCAUAGGGGUUCGAGAGUGAAGAGGAUGACACGUUCAUUGUCAAGUCGAUGCCGGAGCAAGUAAAAUGGUAAUCGUCGCUCCAACGUCUGCAGAUGUGUGAACUGAGUUAUCUUUUGCUCUUCAAUUUUUAGCCAUAGUUGUAGUUCUGGAGUUCUCACUGAACUUCUAUAAGUUCAGGGCUAAUUUAAUGUAGAUCUAUCUCGUAGUUCAUCAAAAUAUUGAACACCCUUGUGUGAACUUUGUUCAAAGAGGUGUGAACUGUGUUUAUUUUGUCGUUGUGCAAGAAGUAGUCAAGGUGCAAAUUCAAUUAUGUUCACUCAAUUUUCCUUGCCGGGAAACAGAGAGUUAGACACUUAGAGAAGUCACGAGCUGAUGCCAAUCUCUUGCUGAUUGGGGUUAGGGAAAUGGACUGCUCUAUCGCCUUAGGUUUAGAUUGAGCCCUCUAGGUUGAGUGAGUCAGUGAAUUACUGGACUUGGCACUAUGAAUCCUUGGGCUAGGGGAGUUGGUCAGUUGCAUCAUGAGAUUUGGUAUUUCGGCGAGCUUACAUUUAUGGUUGGGUGUGGGAUUCAGUUUGUUUGGUCAGUUGUUCAGUUCAGUUAAUUCCUAACCGAACACCAAGUUUAGCUUAGGAGUUUCAAUUUUCAAAAAGAUGAACAUUUAAAUUUGGUUCGAUCUAUUCAGAACUCAAUUAAAUCUGGGUUUACCAAACCGGAUGCUAACCACUAGCCAUUGAUAUGCAAUCCAACUUUCCGCAACUGGCCAUCGCCCAUUCUGAACAAUGUUUCUGAUUUUUCUCUUAAUAUCGGUAACUCAGCUUUUUUGGGUACUUGUGCUGAUACAAUUCUUCAAAAUAUUUUUCAUGAAUCAAAUAAGAUAAACGCUGAGGAAGAGAAGUGCCUGGACAGAAAUAUUUCCUUAUCCACUUGUUCCUUGUUAGCAAAAUAUACCAGCCACUUAACAUGUCAUUUGAAAAAAAUACUCCCCAACCCUGAUUUCUUUUUGUGCCCACCACCUACUCAGGUCAGGGGCAGCGAAGCAAUUUUUAUGGCUGAAGCUAUGAUGGGAUUCUCAAUGAAUCCCAGUUCAAGUUCAGGCUUCUCAUCGCUAAGGCAAAGAGGGUCAUCGUACGGGAAUCAUGUUCCCAUUGGGGCGCUGCAACAGGUUCAGCUUGAAGGGGGCGGCAAUGGUGUUUAUCAGAGAAAGAAUUGCGGCGGAUUGAGCAGGAGAGUGAGGGUGAAUGCUGUUCCAGCUGGGGAUCAGUUUCAUCUAAUGGCAGUUCUGGUGCAGCACAUGGAAGGCCAGAGAGACCUCAUCACUGUGAAAUCCAUAUGGCAUCUCAGCGAUCAGGCCAUCAAGAACGUCUAUAUGUUCUACAUCAUGUUCUUCUGCUGGGGAUGCUUGUUCUUUGGUUCAACCAAGGAUCCUUAUUAUGAUUCAGAUGCAUAUAGGAAGGAUGGAGGAGAUGGGACUGGACAUUGGGUGUAUGAGAAGCAAGAGGAUAUCGAAGAAGCAGCACGAGCAGCACUGUGGAGGGAAGAGUUGAUUGAGGAAAUUGAGCAGAAGGUUGAUGGGCUGCCGGAGUUGGAAGAAGCCACCACCAAGAAAUAGUCAUGCACUCUUCUCUAUCUUUGCAAAUUGCCCAACCUCUCGGUUCUUGCUGUAUACGUCUAUGUUCUAUGCUCUGCUCUUCUCCUUCCACCCUCAUAGCGUGUGUAAUAUAUACUAGAUAAUUGGCUCGUGCUUCGUGGUAGUUUAUCUAAAGAUGUAUAUGUUAAUUAGAAGCGAAAGACACUUUGCUUCAAUAAAGGUUGAUGAUAUUAGAGAACAAAAUAAACUUUCCAAUAAUCGUUGACCUCUGGAUAUGAAUAUAAUUUUCAAACUUCUAGACAAGUAUUACAAAUUCUUUAAUAACAAAGUCAAACAUUGAUGGUCGUCCAAUCCCUAUUGAACCAAAGCUAAUGAUACUUAACAUACAGUUAGGUGCUAAAUCAUUGUGUGUGUGCAAUCUACUAUAUAUAAUGACAUUAAAUUUGGACAACGAACAUACCAUAAUCGACUUGGCCAGAACAAAACUUAUUAAUGAAAUAGAACAUAAAGU